AUGGAAAGGGCUCAUCCGGCUGAAUUUCCUUCACCUUCCUCUUUCGACCCAUUGUCCUCCCCCUCGCGUUUCUGUGAGCCCCCCGCUGUGCCUACUUUGGCAUCGCUUUCCUCAGAUGCCUCUCAUGGAAAUGUGCCCGCAGCUGAUGAGGAGGCUUCAGAUGCGGAAGAGGACCUGCCCUGUUGCCGUCUUUCGCUUCCCGUACAUCUGGCGCUUGACAGAAGCAAAGUUAUCGCGGACUUCAAUCGACCCCACGAGGGCUUCAGCCUCUACGCGGCGUUCUCAGAGUCGGCCUUCGCCUUGGCUGCUGAAGGCAGCCUAAAUCAACAGCAAAUUGCAGACCUCCAUAAACUCUUCCAAACUGUAACUUUCCCCCCCUUUCCCACCCCCCCGCUAUUCAGCUCCCCUCGUUCCGCUACCACUCCAGUGCGUAGGCGUGAAGGUCAGUGGGCUGUGCUCCGCUCUCUGCUAGCAGGGGGACGCACUGCCAAGGCCCCAUGUAGCCUAGAGGCUUUACAGGGUGGCAUGCUUCCCCUUAGUGACGAGGUACAUUCCUUUCUUCCCCCCUGUCUCCAGCGCAAUGGGGAGCGCUUGCGUGCGUCAGCAUCCUUCUCUAUGUGUCCACGGUACUCUGCUCCGGGGGUGCCUCUGCGUGUACAGACACUCGAGAGCGAGCUAUUAAACUGCGUGCGCGCGGUGUUCGCAUGUAGCAGCGACAAGAGCCAAGGAAAGCGAAAGAGACAACGAGGGGCCCCUGGGACGUGGUGCUUGAAAGGCAGUCUCGUGUCGUACAGGAGGGAGGGCAGAAGGAUGCAAAUGAUUGUGAAGAGGGCCUCUUUGCAGACUCAGGGGUUGGUCCUUCCGGCUGAGCAGCUUGUCUUGUCAGCACUGGAUUCCAGCUGA